AUGGGAGAGGCUCUGCAGGAGCGCCGAGGAGCCACCCUGCUGCCCAGGAGCUGCUGCAGCCACCGGGGAAUCGCCAGCAGCCAUGCCGAGCUGGCUGGGUGCAAGAUGACCCUCACGACCACGCCAGCAGCCAGCGUCGCACAGGCUUUCUUUUGCCUCCUGCUGUGCGUCCCCUGGGGCAGCUCCUGCCCCCCAAGCUGCCAGUGCACGGAGCGGGCAGGGGCGAAGGCCGUUCUCUGCAGCUCCCGGCACUUGGAGGAGAUCCCCAAGGACAUCCCCAAAGACGCGGUGUUCCUCAAGCUGGAUGCCAACAGCAUCACUAAGAUCCCCAGCAAUGCCUUCAGGCACCUUUCCCACCUGGAGGAACUCGAUCUCUCCAGGAAGGCCAUUGAGAAGAUUGACAGGGCGGCUUUCAAAGGGGUGGCUGCCGGGCUGCGUACCCUUGACCUCUCCAGCAACCGCAUCCGCAGCAUCCCCAAGGAGGCCUUCCUGGCGCUCAAUGCCAAGCUCCGGCUGGCCAACAACCCCUGGCACUGUGAGUGUGCCUUGCAGGAGGUGUUGUGGGAGGCACAGCUGGACCCCGACUCCGUCCAGGACAUCACCUGCCACACGGCCCCGCGUGAGGAGUACGUGGGCAAGCCACUGCUCCAGGUCCUGGAUGCUGGUGUCAACUUUUGCAGUGUGCGUCAGAGGACCACGGACGUGGCCAUGUUCAUCACCAUGUUUGGCUGGUUCGCCAUGGUCAUUGUCUACGUGAUCUGCUAUGUCCGGCACAAUCAAGAGGACACCUGCAAGCACGUGGAGUACCUGAAGUCACUGCCAAGCACCCAGAACCAUGCAGAGACCACCAGCACUGCCCUGUAG